UAAAUGGAUGAGUAAUUAUAAUGAAAAGUGUUGGAUUUGAAAUAAGAUAAACACCCGAAUAUUUGAAAAAUUUGAUCAUUGGCCAUUGGUGCUUGAAAAAGGCGUAUAUUUUUCGUAACAGACGCGAAAGAAGCAUUCUGCUUGCUUGCGGUUCCAAGAAAUCCGGUUAGAAUUUAGGCUAUGUGGAGCUCCUACUCGAAUCUGGAACAGGCUGGUCAUUGACCUUGCUUCGAUCGCUCUUUGAAAAGAUUUUCAAGCGCGAUUACGAGUUUACCCAUGAUUAUCUUUGAAAAAAAGGCAUCAGAUAUUCCGUUUCUUCGAGCGGUUUCCGUUUCAAAAAAUUAAAAAAGUGAUUGAACUAUUGCAAAACGAUUAAACACGAGAAUGAUCUUUCGAUUAGAAAUUCAAGUCCUGAACUGUUUUAUCGAUGCUUUUGUCCAAGAUCUCGAUCGAUAUGAAAAACUUGUGAAAUUUGAGGUUAUGUUGGUCGAAAAUUAAGAACGGUACAAUUGGACAGCAUAAAGGAACAAGAUAAAGAUCUAAAGCGAUUCCGAAUUACACACAGAUGACUACCGAAUCAUUUUGACCUACAUAUAACAUACUAUAUUAUAUAUGAAUAAUAUCAAAAUGACAAUCGGAUUGACAAUUGGAUUUUUAAUAAUUCUUCAUAUUAUUUUUCUUUCUUUGUUUUUAAGAAAUUAAGAAACACGUGCAAUAUAACAAAAUUCGCAAAGGCACAAAUUUCACUCUUUACUUUCUUUUUCAAGAAAGAGUCAAAUCUUGUUGAACACUGGAGAAAUCAAAUGUGAACGUAUUUAUAGACAUUGACGUUGCAAUUAUGCACGUCGUUCUCUUUACUCCCUUUAACCAACUAAUUGUAUCCCAAAAAUGUGGGGACAUUCAACUGGAGACUCUUGAGCUAAUUUUAGAUUACAUUUUUCUUUGCAAAGACUUUCGUUUCGGCUUUAACUUAACGAGUUAUUAUUGGCCAAUCAGUAGACUAAAUAACCAUUUAAGAUAAUAAAUUAGUAUUCUCUUUGCGGUCUCGCUAUCAUUUAAUUUGCAUUGAUAUAUAUUAUUUUAGAAGAGACUGUAAAAACCUUAAAGAGAACGGAAGUAUAUUGUGUUUCGCUAUGAAUUUUUAUUAUUCCCGGUAUAUGAUAAACUUCCAUGAACUCGAUAAUAAUAAAUUUCACUAAUUUCAAAUUGUUAUUUUCAAGUUGAUUCUAAAGAUUGACUUUGCAAUCUUGCAGUUGAUUCUCACCAUGCAUACAUAUAUCUUUGUUACUUAUCUCUUAACACAAAGAUGACUAGAUAUUAAAAUAUAAAUAAUAAAAUAUCUCUUGACGAAUUUCUUCACUUCUUCUAUACAUUUACGACGUUUAAGAGGAAAUUUUAGGAUAUAACAGAUUCCUCAAAGAUAUCAAAUUCGAAUGAUGGAAAGGAAGAUAUUCGAUUAAAGAACGGAAAUGAUUAUGCGUUACGACCAAGUUUUAACAAAUACAUAACGAGCUUUUUAACAAGCUUGAUAAUGAAGUAAACGAAACGAGGGUAGAAUACAUAUUUGCUUAUCUAUGUAUAACUAUAAUUAUGUUGGUAUAUAUAAAUAUGUGCAUUUGUGCGUUUUAUAGUACCCGUUUUGGUUGCACCUACGAAGGAUUAAAUAAUCAAGCUCGUCGUUUAGCGUGGAACGAUGUAUUGCCUUAAAUAUGGUAAAAUAGUAAUUAUGUUAAUCGUCCUAACCAGGAGUCUCGGUAUCAAUUCGAUCAGUAUAAUCGAAAUCGAUCACGAUUUUGGACAAAAAAUCAUUCCUCCAACACCGAAAUUUCAAGGGACAUUCGCAGAAACUCACGAGCACGAAACUAUCGCUAAUCGCAUAAAAUCGUGGAAGAAAACGGACAAGCAGAAUAUUUGGGAGCUAAGCGGUUUGUACGAAGGAGACAUAAUGACCACUGAGGAGGAUGAAAUAAAGAACGGUCUGAUAAAAACCGCGUUCCGUUGGCCAGGCGGUGUUGUACCUUAUUAUAUAAAGGAAGAAGAUUUUGACGAAGAAGACAUAGAAGUGAUCAAAAAUGCUAUAGAAGAUUACCACGAGAACACGUGUAUACGUUUUCGUCCUUACAAAAAAUCUGACAACGAUUACAUCACUAUAGAAGCCAAAUCGUCGGGAUGUUGGUCCCUGGUAGGUAGACACGAUCACGGGCAAGUGGUGAAUUUGCAGAAUCCGGGAUGCGUGCAACAUGGUGUAAUUAUACACGAGCUGAUGCACGCAUUGGGUUUUUACCAUCAACAAAGUGCCGCGGAUCGCGACGAAUGGGUGGCGAUCAAUUGGGAAAAUAUAAAGCCAGGAAGAGAACACAAUUUUAACAAAUAUGACAAUCGCACCGUAACGGAUUAUGGAAUCGGUUACGAUUACGACAGUAUAAUGCACUACAGCUCUUACGCGUUCUCGAAAAAUGGCGAACCGACCAUCACACCGAAAAAGAAAAACGUGAAACUUGGCCAACGAAAAGAAUUCAGCGAGAAAGACACGCUGAAGUUACGAGAAAUGUACAAGGAAGAAUGUGGCAAACGAGAGAUGAAUGGAACUACGGAUAACAAUUCGAUGGAUGAUAUAUCUAUUGAGUGGAUUCUUAGUAAGAAAUUGUAAUUGAAUUUUAAAAGAAUUUAAAAAGUUCGAUUUGUUUGUUGAAUGAUAAAAAUAACAACAAAAUAUUGUUUAGUUUUUGUAAAAAAAAAAGUUAAUAUUCAUAUGUUUUGUUGUCAGAUACAAAAAAUGAAAUGUUAAAAUGUUUGAAAAAAAAAAAAAAAAAAAGAAAAUGCAUCAAGUAACAGGAUUUUCUUGAUUGUAGUAUAUCAAUUCCUUUAAUUCGUUGACUGCGUCUUCGGCGGCCUGAAAGUAUAUAUAUAUAUCCUGUAUGUAAUAUUUCUGAGUUUAAUUAAAUCACUGACGUAAGUUUUUUUUUAAUUACUUACAAGCCUUACAGCUUGAUCGUUGUCCAUGAUUAAAUUUUCUACUAAAUUCUUUAGAGAUUUACACCAAAUUUGUUGUAAAGCUCUACAAGAAAAUCUACCCAACAGUCUAAUCAGGUGACAAGUUCUCAUUCUGAGUAUCGCUUGUCGAUGCGUGAGCAGUUUACCAAGCUGUUCUACCGAGUUUCCUUUUUAUGAAAAAAAUAUUUUCUCGAUGUAACAACUGACCGACAUUCGUGUUACUGAUAAAAGAAAAAACAAAA